AAACCAAGUAAUGCGCACGAAACCAACAACAGGCGCACCGCUCAGUCGCUCACGCACAAAGUCCACGCCCACGGCUAUCUCUCUCUCUUUCUCCUGAAUGCACAAAACUUGCCUGAAAUCACAUUCCCAGAAUCCCAGGUGUGUGUGAGACAGUGAGAGUAGGAAGAAAUCCACGAUGAACCUCUUCAGGUUAGCUGGGGAUAUGACCCAUCUUUUCAGCAUCAUUGUCCUCCUUUUGAAGAUCCACGCUACCAAGUCUUGUUCUGGGAUAUCUCUGAAAACUCAGGAACUAUACGUUAUUGUCUUUUUGACCCGUUACUUGGACCUCUUCACCAGAUUUGUCUCGUUGUAUAACACUGUAAUGAAGAUAGUCUUUAUUGGAACAUCCUUCGCUAUUGUUUGGUACAUGAGGUAUCAUAAAGUAGUGAAACAAACAUACAACAAGGAUGAAGAUACUUUUAAGCAUUACUUUUUAUUGCUGCCAUGCUUUGUGUUGGCUCUUCUGCUUCACAAUGAAUUCACUACGAUGGAUGUUUUGUGGACCUUUUCACUGUACCUGGAAGCAGUUGCCAUCUUGCCACAACUGGUAUUGUUACAGCAGUCAAGAAACAUUGACAACUUGACAGGAAAUUAUGUGUUCUUCCUGGGAGCAUAUCGUGGUCUUUAUGUCUUGAACUGGAUUUAUCGGUACUUUUUGCAAGAUCAUAGGGCUCGUUGGAUUCCUUGGAUAUCAGGUCUGGUGCAGACAGCCCUUUAUGCCGACUUCUUUUAUUACUACAUACUCAGUUGGAAAAAGCACGAGAAGCUCAAACUUCCUGCUUGAUGUACGAGGGCCGGGGCAGCUUUGAUUCAGCCUUUUACAUGGUUACAAAGUGAAAAACACAGUUCUAAUGACAUCGAAUACAGUUUUUAUUUUAUCAAAAAGCAACAGGAAUAGUAUCUUAUACUUUGUAUUUUCUUACAAAAGUUGUUUAAGAGGCAUAGUUGUUAUGUGCGUCUUCUAACCCCAGCAGCAAGCCACAUCACUGUUUCUACUUUCUAGUUUAUUGUUGUUCAAUGUAGAACCAUGACAACUACGGAGUACUCCGUAUUUACAUGUUGUCAAUUGUCUUAGCUUGUAUUUGACAAAUUUUCUAACUAUUCGGCUCAUAAGUGCAACUAUUUGUAUUAUGUUUUAACUAAUUUAUACAAGAACUUAACUACUCGGAUCA